ACUGUAACCAUGACCAUGGGCAAGAUCAUCUUCUAUGAGGACAGGAACUUCCAAGGUCGUUCCUAUGAGACCAGCAGCGAUUGCGCUGACAUGUCCACCUACCUGAGCAGGUGCCACUCCUGCAGGGUGGAGAGCGGCUGCUUCAUGGUCUACGACCGCACUAACUACAUGGGAAACCAGUACUUUGUCAGGAGGGGAGAGUACUCCGACUACCAGCGUAUGGGCAUGAGUGAUUGCAUCAGGUCUUGCCGCAUGAUCCCCAUGCACAGAGGCCAGUUCAGGAUGAGGAUCUACGAGAGGGAGAACUUCGGUGGUCAGAUGCAUGAGCUGAUGGACGACUGCGACAACAUGAUGGAUCGUUACCGUAUGAAUGAGUGCCAGUCCUGCAACGUGAUGGACGGCCACUGGCUGAUGUACGAGCAGCCCCAGUACAGAGGCAGGAUGAUCUACCUGAGGCCCGGCGAGUACAGGAGCUUCAGGGACAUGGGCAUGAGCGGCACCAGGUUCAUGAGCAUGAGGCGCAUCAUGGAUUCCUGUUAUUAG